GGUGGAGCUCCGCCGCCGACCAACUUUGUUGGAGCUGUCGCGACGACCGAUGAUGUUGGCACCUUUAAUGGGGGAAGCUAUCGCAUCAGCCAUCGGGAUACUAAUACGAUUUUGACUAUUCAGUUGGCCAUGGGCGCCCCAUUGCAUGCAAAGCCAGGUGCCAUGGUCGCCAUGUCUCCCACAAUCACCCUCAAGGGUAAUGUCAAGUUUAGCGUCAAGAAGAUCAUUGCAGGCGGAGAGCUCGCCAGCUCUACUUACACAGGGCCUGGAGAGCUCAUUCUCGCACCCGCCUCUUUGGGAGACAUUACGAGCAUAAGAUUGAGCGGCAAGGAGCAGUGGUCAGUGGGACACGACGCAUAUUUGGCUUCUACCCAGGCUGUUGUCAAAGACUACAAGCGACAAGGUCUGGGCAAGGCCAUCUUCAGUGGCGAGGGUCUGUUUGUCUACAAGAUAUCUGGAACUGGUCUGCUCUGGGUUUCGAGUUUCGGCGCUAUCAUUAGGAAAGAUCUUCAACAAGGUGAAAAGUACAUUGUAGAUAACGGUCAUCUUGUGGCGUGGAAUACAAGCUACGUCCUGGAACGUGUAGCUUCUGGCGGCAUUAUCUCUGGCCUUUCCUCCGGAGAAGGCCUUGUUUGCAAGUUUACUGGUCCUGGCACCGUCUUCCUGCAGACCAGAAACCCAAGAGAGUUUGCCGCCUUUAUUGGCGGCAUCGCCCCCCAGAACGCGUAA